AUGUCUUCUGAAAACUUGGAGAUUGUACACGAAGGAUGGUUGACAAAAUCACCUCCUUCAAAAAGAGUUCUGAAAGCUGUCAGUGUAAAAUUAGUAAGUCCAAUUAUUAAUUCACUUUAAUUUUUAUUGUAGUUAUUAGGUAUAUUAUAUUUUGUAAUAUGUGUUGUGACGAUUCCAUUGUGUUAUUUCUUGAUAAUUUCUAACAAUCGAUUAGAUUAUAAUGUAUAGUAGUGUUUACCUGUGAAUAGUUCAUUAUUUCGUUUAACAUGAUAUUGUUUUGCUGUUCUACACGGUAAUUCAAAAGUCAUAUUUACAUUUUUAUUGUUUACCUUGUAGAAAAUGUUAAUUGGUUUCUAUUGUUCAAAUUAUUAUUCGUGAAAAAAAUUAUAUUAUCAUGUUUUACUUAGAUUAAUUUGAACAAAUGACAUUUUAAAUUUAAUACAAAAUUAUUAAUUUCUGAAAUCAUAUAAAUAUUAACUAGAUAAUUAUUAUUAUUAUUAAGUAUUUAAAUAUAUCUGACCUUUAUAAAAUAAUAAGAAUUUGAUUUAAAAUGUCUAAUACCUAGGUAUAUGCAUUACAUAUUAUUAAAAGUUAAUUAUUUUAUAAUAAAACUAUUUUAUGUAUUUACCUAUCAGAUUGUUCUGUUUUGUAUGUAAUAUUUUAUUUUAGAAAUGGCGCAGAAGAUGGUUUGUAUUGCGCCAUUCCGGUGAAUUACCUGGCCAAUAUUUCCUCGCUUAUUAUACGGAUAAAAGUCGUAGAAAAAUGAAGGGUCGGAUAGAUUUAGAUCAAUGUGAACAAGUAAGAUAAUAAAUACAUUAUGUAUCAAUUAUUAUAUAUUGGUAUUUGUAUAUUAUGUAUCUUCCUAUCUAUUGCUCUAAAUGAUCAACAAGUAUACUUAUUACUUAGUUGACAAUUAUUUUCAUUUUCAUUUUUACAACUGAAUAAUGUAUUUUCUACUAGAUGGAUAUUUAUUUAAAAAUGUAUUUAUUUAUUAGGUUGAUGCUGGGUUAAGAUUUGAAGAUCGCAAGUCAAAAUAUCAUUACAUGUUUGAUAUCAAAACACCAAAAAGAACAUAUUAUUUGGCAGCAGAAUCAGAAGAUGAUAUGAACAAAUGGGUUGAUUUUGUGUGCCAUGUUUGUGGUCUAAAACCAUUCACUGUUGAUGAGAAUGCUGGUAAAUAAUAUUUACCAUAUAAAUAUAAUAUAUAGUUAAAAUUAAAUGUGUUCAUUUUUUUAUCUAAUUAACUAUACAUUUAAUUUAGAUUUUGAAUGUCCAUCUAUCAAUAACAUGUGUAGACCGUUCCCUGUAAGUGUUGAAGAACAUGACGAAGAUCAUUCAUCUCCAGAUUCACCCACCAGCACGUCCUCUAGCCAUUACAUACCUAUUAGUGAGUGCAUAUCUGGAAAGCCAUUACUUCCAAUUCUUCCUCGUUCUACCAUAGAAACCAUUGAAGAGUCUUAUGAUUCACCACGGCGCAUACGACCACCUCCGCGUCUUUCAGAAUCACCUCCGCCAAGCCCUGGUUCAGAAUCUGUUUUUACCGAUGAUGAAUCAAUUAAUGGUAGUACACUCAGUCGACCAUCUGUAAAUUGGCAAACCUUUCCUCGUUUAUCUCAAGACUCACCAGAUUUGCCUGUAGCUGUUAAUAGAAGAUUUACCAAAAUAUUACCAGAAGGUUCUUUGACAGCACCUCCGAGACCACCAAAACCAUCUCAUUUGUUGGAAACAUCGGCGAAAACAGACAAAUUAGUUGAACCAUUAACUUCUGAUGAAACUUACGACUUUCCGAGAUCCCAUCAAAUGACACCACCUCAAGCACAGCCUAGAACUCAGCGUAGACAUUGUUAUACGAAUGCAGCACCAGGUCAAGUUUCUGGUAAUAUUUUUACAUAUGACUUUGUUGAAGAUGGGGCUCCAAAAGUUGAAGAAGGUAAGACUGCGGAAUUAGAAUCUCCAAAUUCCAUAAAUUCCCCUUCUGCAUUUGUUAACGCAAGUUCAGCUUCAUUAGAACAAACUCCUCCUGCUGUUAACCGUCAGUUAAAGCCAAAGCCUAACAGAAAGUUUUCUGAUACUUCGGCUGAACUUUCACCAUUACCGCCAUUAACCAAUCCACCAAUUGUAAAUCGAAGGCUUAAACCAUUACAAAAUAAAAAAAACCAAGAUUCUUUUAAUGGUAAAUAUACAAUAUGCAAUGUUAUAUAAAAUAUUCAACUAUGCUAAUAUGUCUUAAAUUAUUUUUAGGUAUUUCUAGUACUCUUACACUUUGUCCUCCUCCAAUAGGAAGUUUGAGUCGUCAGAAAUCACGCAUUGGACCUAACAUUGUUCCUACAAAUUUUGAACCUUUAAGUCGUAUACAUAGACGACAUUCAGCAUCUGAUGAUCGAUUAGCUUCAGACAAAGUAAUGUUUUAUGUAUUAAAAAUAUUUUAAUGUUUAUAAUGUAUGUUAUAUAAUUAUGUGUGUAUUAAACACGCAUAACAAAUAAUUAGAUAGUACUGUUUUAAAUCAUAUUUCCAUACAUAUUUAGCUUAUAGCUAUUAAUAAUUUGGAUUAUAUUAAAAACAGUAAUUCAAUACAUUUCAAAAACAAAACACUUGAAAAUCCAGAUUUGAAUAAGUGUAUUUGUUUGUUUUUUAAGAAUUGAUUAUGUUGUUGUUAUAAACUAUAAAGUCAAAUAUUAAAUUACAAAGAUCAAUACACUAUUGUUAUUGCAGAUAUUUACUCUAUAAUAUUAUUUUGGGUUAUUUUAUUUUAUCAUUAUAAAAAAAUAUUUAUAGGAAAUAUUAUCCAAAUUUUUUUUUUAGUAAAUAUUUUUAUAUACUAUUAUUUAUUAAUCUAUUUUUAUAUAUAUUAAAAACAAAUUUAAAUAGAUAAAUAUGAUAAUAAUUUAAAUUUUAUCUAAUACCUACACAUAAUACAUUAUUUUUAUUUAAUAUACUAUGUCAAUAGAUAAAAAAAAGUAUGAUGUGAAAUACUGUUGAAUAAUUUAUCUUUAUAACAAUAUCUUGUUCAGUUGCAAUCAGAUAGCUUUAAUGAGUUUUAAUUUAGUAGCAUUUAUAAAUGUUUAUUAUUUGUACUAAGUAGACUUAAUGAUUCAUGUUUUGAUUACCAUUAUUUUAUAGUAUUAUCUUAAGUAAUCUGACUGCAACUGUGUCGAAAAAUUCUUGUAUAUUUAGUAAUUUUAUAUAAUGUUUAUUUAUAGGUAUCUUCAUAUCAAAUCAAUAAGAUUUCUUCAAAUUCUCGUUAUCUUGCUGAAGCCAGUCGUUUUAAUGAUAUCCAAUAUUUAGAUCUUGAAUUUGAAUCUUGUGACAAACAAUACUCAGUUAGUAAUCGAACAGCAGCUAAAUCAAUGGCGAAGAAAAAAAUUCAUAAUGUAAAUGACCAAUUCACUUUAAAGCCUAAACAUGACUAUUCCAUUAUUGAUAGAGCAUACCCAUACAAAACUGUUGAUUUUUUGAAAACAGCUGCUUUGUCAAUGUCUAGGAAAAGUGCCGAACAAGAACGACGAUUUGGUCGACAAAAUAUGGUAAAUUAAAUGUUUUAUAGGGUGCUUAAUUGUAAAUCACAAAUUGCUGAACUUGUCACAUAUUUUAAGAGUAAGUUUAAGCAAUAAUUGAGUAACUUUGUUGCUUUUGAUGUUUACAUAUCUUUGAUAUCAAUUUGUGCUUUUAAAUUCUAGUUCUUGAAUUCUGGGCUUUCAUAUUGUAACUAUACUGUAUGAUGGUGAAGUUUUUUUUUGUUCAUUUUUUUAAAUUCCAUAUUUAUAUGAUUGAAAUGAAUGAAACAUGAAAUAUAUAAUCUUUACAUAUAUGUAUACAGGAUGGUUCACUAAGUGUGCUUGCCCCACUUCUUUGGUUAAAUUUUGUAUGUAUUCAAAUUCUGAUUUUUGGAAUUUUUAAGUGUAGUUAAAAUCAGAUAUUUUUAAAUACUUAGAUUUUUCACAACAUUUAAGGAAUAUCCUUUGAUGAUACCAACUUUGGUUUUUCAAUUGAGAACCUAUAUUUAAAAUUCCAUAAAUAGACUGAGUUUUACUUAAAAUACAUUUUGGUGUCAAAAUUGUUGAUCUCCAUCAACCCGAUGAUGAGAUAUUUCACUUUUACGGUAAGGUAAGAGGAGAGUAGUGAACCACUAAUAAAACGUCAGGCACCGUGCCGCCAAACACAAAUUGCUCCACAAACACUCCACUACUCUUCCCCUACCUAAACUUGAAAGUGAAAUAUCUCAUUAACGGAUUGACGAAAUCAAAAAUGUUGACACCAAAAUUUAUUUAAAAUAAUACUCAGUAUAUUUAUAAAAUUUUUAAUGUAGGUUCUGAAUUGAAAAAUUAAAGUUGGUUUCACUACAGGGUACUACUCAAAACAUCUAAGUAUUCAAAAAUAACGGCUUUAACUACACUAACAAAUUCCAAAAAUCAGAAUUUGAAUAUACACAAAAUUUAAUCAAAAAAAUGGGGUGAGCACACUUAAUGGAUCACUCUGUAUGUAUACCUAAUGAUUUGUGGAAACAUUUUUAAUUUGGAAUUAAAAAGUGCUUUGUUUUUGUUAAAAAUCAUUCUAUAUUGUUCUUCAACUCUCUAGGUGAAGUGAAUCAAUUAAUGAACUUGUUAUAAAGAACAUCAUAAUUGAAACUAGAAAACAACUUUAUUCAGUAUAUUUUUCAAAUUUCACACAAUGUAUAUUGGAAGCAUAUUAUUAGGGAGUGCACUUAUCAAAACAUUUUAUUAUUUAAUUAAACGGUAUAUAAUUCAUUUUGAAAAGAUCACUAAGUAUGACAACUUUCAGUUUAGUUACAUAAUAUUUUUGAUGAAAGAAAUCCAUAUGGUUCACUUCACCCUGUUCCAUGGUAUAUAAAAUUAUAUAACUGCAUUAAUAUCAUUAAAUAAAUGUAUCAGUUAUUUUAUUUUAUUAUACACAGUUUUUAUUUCAAAAAUCAGAGAGUAGAAGAGAACGUAAAUUUUAAGUUCAUUAUUAAUAAAUUUGAAACUACAUAUCAUACUUACAAAUAGUUCAAUUGAAAAACAACGAAUUUAUUAUAAUGUUAUUUGGUUUAUUUGAAACAGGAAUUGAUCAUAUUAAAAUAAAGUAACUACUUAUUCAUUUAUUAGGUUAUUUCCAGGAUUAAAGACUUUAAGUUUGUUAUUACUUAAAAAAUUUAAAUUGCUAAGUUUCGUGGAAUUUCGUCAAUUAAUAUUAAACAAAAAGUAUUAAAUUAAAUACAAAAAUCAAUCAACUGGAUGUUAAAAGUUUUCUAGGAAGUACAAAAUCGAUCAAAUUUGAUUACAAAUAUAUAUUUAAUCUGGCACUUAUAAGUAAACAUGAAAUAUCCAUAUUUAUACAUUGGUUAUUUUACAUGUCUGUGAUAUUAUUAAAUACAUGUUCAUAACCGAUAAAAUAUUUUUUUACAUAUUAUUAUUAUGUUUUAUAUGAUUUGAUAUCAAUUAAAUGUUAUUUUUUUAUUUGACACUAAGCUUCUUUUGCAACGAUCAAAUAUGACUUUAGAAUGUAUAACAUUUUUUUUUUUUAUUAUAUUGCAAUUUUGAAACAAAAUUAUAUUACUUAUACAUGGAACAAAGUUUAUAGCAGCAUUCAAUUUGUAUUGUAUAGAAUUUUUUUUUUCAUUUUCAAAUCAAUUUUUUAGUUUGUUAAUGUCAGUUUGUUAAUUGUCUUUAGAAAAACUGUAAUGUAUUUUUUUUUAUUAUAAAUGUUAAUUAUCUAAUUUUUUAUGUUAUGCAAAUUUAAUAAAGCAUGUUUUGUUUAAUCUUUAUAGAAAUUUGUUAUGAGUUUUAGGUAAAUUUAUGUUUUUAAUUAAAUUUUAUGUUUUUUGUAAACAAAUUAUUUACUUUACAUAUAUUUAUGAUUUAUAAUAUAAAUAAUAUUUGGCUUUUGGGCCGUCCCAUUAAGUUACUCUUGUUAUCCAAUUUUUUUUUUUUAAUAUAAGACAAUCUCAUUAAAAAUAUUUAUACAUUAUUUUUAUUUUAUUUACUUAUACCAUAGUAAAAUUAAAGUUAUUAUUAUUUUAUUUAUUAUAUAUAUUUGUAUGCGAAUUCAAAUGUUUAACUACCUAAUAUGUUCAUUAUUUUUAUAUUCAUCAAUAUAUGAUUAAAAAUAUUUACAUUGACUUAUGGCUAUCUCUAUUGAGAUUAGGUUACACGAAAUGGCCUAAGUUCUUUCUGAUAUUAUUUAGACUGUUAAAACUAUAUAUUUUCUAAAGUUUAUACGUAUUAUUAUUUUUAUUAAAACUACCAAAAAAAAAAAAAAUAUAUAUAUAUAUAUAUAUUUUAUAUACAUAACUACAUAUUAUAUUAAAUUUUAUUUUAUAUUGCCAAUCAAUUUUGUUUUGCUGUUUAUGCCUUAUGGAUCCUGUUUAAUCCAAUUUAGGACAUACAUAAUAGUUUAUUAAGCAUGAGAAACAUGCCAUUGGGCAUUUAAUACAGAAUAACAGUAUAUAAAAAUAUUUUAAUUAUACUUAAAACAUAUCCUGGAAAAUAUCAACACGAGUUAAAAUUCAGAAUCAUAUCUCAAAAUGUACAAACUUAUAUCAGUAAAUCCAUUUAUUUCAAUUUGUGUUUUAAAUGUAUUGCUUUAUGUAAUGGAAAAUAAUUGCUUGCCAAUUACCUGCUCUUUACUUUUUAAACACUUCAAUUCAGGACAGGAAUUUAGUAUUCUUCUUUUUCAACCUGUAUUUAAAUUAUUUUACAAAUGUACACUGUAAUUGUAAUAUAAUAUGAUGAAUUGAUGAAAAAAUGGAAGAAACUAUAAAAUAAUAAUUGGCAGUGGAAUAAUAUUAAAUAUAGUGUGUGAUAUUUUCCUAUUACCACCGACACGCCUUCCAAUCCAAACAUUUUUAUGUCUUUGGGGCAUUUUUUUAUUUUUUUCAAAUUUUUUGGGUAUCUUAUGAAGUAUUUUCUAUUAAGCCUCUCCAUUACAUAAUCAGAUAUCAUUAGUAGAAUAAAAAUUGAUUUUUAGUUAUUUUGAUAGGUAACCUUUUUUGGACGUAGGUAUGUCGUUUCUCAAAUAGGUGGUUCAUACACCAACUCUGAUAUUGUAACUAUUGUUUUGUUGAAUAAACUAUGGUGGACAAUAGUACAAUGCUAUAAUAAAUAUAUUGGGUAUUAGGUAUAUUUAUUAAAAUAUAUAUAUAAUAUAUUAGGUUCCUACUUUGUAUUUGCAUGUUUUGCGUUUGUGUGUUCUGCAAGAACAAUAAUAUAUUGUGUUUAAUUUCUAAUUGGUCGUGGUCGACACAUGACCGUUGUACUUAGUACAGAUCUCAAUAUAUCUAAUAUUAUUAUACUCUGUUGUGAGUCAUGAAUUCGCGAAACCUAACAAGUUUUGCAAUUAUGAUUUACAAUAAUAAUUUUUUAUUUAUUUAAACGCAAAAAGCAUACGGAAAGUAAAACUAAAAUAUCUGGCUGCGAGAUAUUGUCGGACUUACGUCCGUUCGUCCAUGUUCAAAAUUGCAAAUCUGCUUAAUAGAUUCCAUGAACUAAUGAAUCUAGUUUUUGUAAUCUAUAUGUUGUUUUAAAAAGGUUUUUUUCCUCCCAAGGAACAGCUGGGAAUCGAAAAAAUGUUUCAAAUAAACCAGGACUUGAAAUUGAUAAACAAAUCUUGUUUUCGAUUUUGAAAACAUUUUUGUUCAGUUUUGGUUUUAAUUAAUAAUACUGGUAUAAGGUUUGUUUUGGGCAUGUACUAGUUGCUCUCAAAAGUAUCAUUCUUAAACUAGUUCCCUUCAAACUACUUAGAAAUAAAAUGUUACUAGUUGCCGUUUAUCUAAGGGUUACGAUACUAAAUACAAUAAUUUCAAUGAUAAUAAUAAUUGGCAAUAGGCAUAAAUUGUAUUUUAUCGGUAAAAAAAUUGAAACAGGUAGUGAAAAUAUUGUAAAAUAUAUCAAUUAGACAAAUAUUUAAUACAAAAUAAUAAAGUAUGAAAUAAUUGGCUUUCAUUGUAUUUAGUCGGAAAAAAAAAAUUUUAAUAAUGUAAAUGAUACACGAUGACGAAAACACGCGUAGUGCGAUAAAGUUUACCGAAUUUAUUAUUAUUAGGUACCCAUCGGUCAUCGAGAAUUAUUAUACUUGCCAUUAUUUAUCGUAGUUACACAAUUUUCUCUAGUGUCUAAAAUCACCGAUUUUGGUGAUAUUCCCCUCUUUGUACUGUGCACGCGCUAUUUUAUACGGUGAAGGCAAUAGAGGACAUUUAGUUGAGAGCAACUUGUAUAAUUGGUUGACGGCAACUGGUAUAUUUUUUAAAUACCGAAAACAGAUAGCCGCUGAGGGCAACUGGUCAACAUUCGUUUUUUUUUUUUCAAUUUAUUUCAAUAUCGGUAUUAUCUGAUAUUCAAUACCUAGCUGUUUCAAGCUCAGUAAGUUGAAUGAAAAUUGAAGUACCUAUAGGUACCUACCCACGGCAAGAAAGUUUUGGAAGAUUUUCACCUAGGUAGCGAAAAAUGGAUAACGGACAUGAAAAAAAAAAUUACAAAUUUGCGCAACCAAUUUGUUCGCUAAGAAUCUAAAAAAUAACAAGUAGGUAGAUUAAAAAAAAUGUAUAGAUAAUAAUAUAAUAAUAAUUAUAGGUAGUUAAGCAUAUAGGUAUAUAUGAGUCAAUAAUAUUAUACAAUAGUUACGCCAUAGAAUCAAUUGAAUCAUUUAAUCAACAAACAAUAAUAUUGUUAUAGUACUUAAUGUACAAUGUACAUCGUAUUACAAUAUUCUUAUACUGUGUUAUAGACAUUAUUAUUAUCGGCAUAAAAAAUAGAAUUAGUUUUAUAAAGAAAAUAACACGUAGUCUUGACUCAUUCUUUCGUUAAAGGGCACAGUUCAAACCGCUGGGUCUAGAAACUGAGACAGAUAAUGACGUUCCUUUAGGCUUGGCCUGAUUUAAAGAAAUGUAGGCCUUGUGCACUACUUAAUUUGGGGCCCUAUUUGAAUUAAACAAGAAAUUGGCAAAAAUUAAAAACGAAAAUAAAAUAUAUUUAGGAGGUAGAUUAUAUCAAAUACCUUAAAUUAUAUUUAAUUUAUAUCCGUAAAUCACACUUUUUUUAAAAUUUAAUUUCUAAAAACUUUUUUUUUGCAAAUUCAGCAAUAAUGUUUUCAAACAGUUGAUUGUCGGUAACGAUAAAGAAUUUAUUCAGUUUUUCUUUUAAUCAAAGAAAAACGUAUUCGAGUUUUUAUACGUUUAAAUGCAAAAUAUAAUAGUUACAAUAUAGAUAUGAUAAUUAAAUACAAAAAUGAUAACAUUCUGAUACAAAAUGAUUAUUUAUUAAACAUUCAUCAAUCGUAUAUCUAUCAAAAAUAUAAAGUAGUUAUACCAUUAUAAUAUAUAAAAGUGUACAAUUUUUUUUUUUAUAUAUAGAGUGGGAAGGAGCCCUCGGAAUCUGAGAGCUGUGUCAGCAAUAUAUUAUGUCACAUUAUGAUAAAAUAAUAAUAUUAUAUUUACUUUAAAAAUAUUUGUUUAAUAUUGUACCUAUUUUCCCAUUUUCCUACGUUUUAUCUCGGUUUUCCAUGUUCUUUCCGGUUUUUUCCAUUUAUUGGAAAAACACCUAAGAAAAUCAAAAAAUUACUUGCCCAAAGUCCACCUCAGUCAGAUUUCCUUUUAGAAAAAGUGCUAUCAUUGUAAAUCGGAGCAAAAUCGUUGGUAGAGAAAUUGGUCAAAGGAAAAAAAAGGUGGUAAUAUUCUUUUACUAAUACCUACAUUUCGUACAUUUUCCCGUUUUUUCACGGUUUUAAUAAUAUUCUAUUGAAUGCAUGCAUUGUAUUUUUUUAUUUUUAUUUUUAAUUAGAUUUCAUUGUAACUUAUAACAGAGUGGGAGGCAAAAAGAAAUUCUUGUCCCUUCAUUUAAAUAUCCGGGGCGUAGAUAACCAGUUUUGUCCCUGGACGAUUAAUAUUAUUGUAUUAUUCAAAUUACAUAUACCUACUAUUAAUUAAUUUACCAUUUAAAAUAUUAUAAAUGUCUAGAUAUAAUGAAUUAGUUUAUUGUAUUUUGCGUAAGUAUAGGUACCUAUACCGGCUAUACCUAUCUAAUAAAAUACGUCCAGGGUUCUUCUUAAUAAACAAAAUAACAAAUGUUAUCGGUAAAUAAAAAAUGUACUUUGACAUAUUUUUUUACGGACUAGAAAGACGUCAUAACCUAUAGUUUCAAUAAAAAUACAGUCAUAUCGUUUAUACAUUUCGUCUCUGGUUGUCAAAUGACAAGCUAACCUGUGACUUAUUUGUUUACCUUUUGGUCAUUUGUAAUAAACCUACUUAUCUAUUUUAACCACUGUCUCGCGCAAAAAAUACUCAAUCUAUGAUCAUAUAGCACUAGUUUGUGUUCGUCAAUUUUAAUAUAAUACAGAGGUAUUUAAAUUUAAUAACAUGUUCAGUGGAAUCAGACUCGUAUUUUCGCACCUGGUAAGUUAUAUAAAAAUAAAUAGAUAUCUCAAUUUGAAAAUAUAUAUAUGUCGAAAUUGUAGAUAUUUAAUACAAUUUUGAAGGCUAUUUAAAUUUCCGAGUUAUAUAUUAUUACAUUAGUAUAAAUAUCAAACAGUUGUAGGAAGGUAAUGAAAACGUAGUACCUACCUGUAAUCUAUAUAUGUAGUAUUAUAGUUAUUUUAUAAUUUUAAAAUAGGAACGUUUAGGUAAAGCUUUUAAAUUUAACGAGUUCAUUUACUGGUGCGCGCAUAAUAUGGAGGAGGAUAGGGGUAUUAUGAUAGAUCUCUCAUCGACUUGAAAAUAUAACUGCCUUAGAUAUUUCUGUUAAGUUACAAAGAAAAAAAACAAUAAAAUCAUUUAAGUUUUGAAAAUGUUACUUCUUUAAUCGUUAAGAUGAUUUAUUUAGAUUAAUUUAGAUAUGGAGUGUAGCGAGGGAUCUAUUGGUUUUAUAAUGAUGUGUGUUUUUGUAUUUUUUGUGUCUGUGAACAACUUUUCUACUUACCAGAAGUCUUCCUUCAAUAUAUAGAGUGUAGUACCUUUUGUGAUUUUUUAACUGUCUAAGGAGUUUUCCAAAAAAUUGGGAAAAAAUCAAAAUAAAAUCAUAGGUUAAACGGCAAAUAUAUUAUGGCGCGUCACGGCAUUACCGAUUUCAUUAUUUUAAAUUUUUACGGCGUACUUAUUGCUCCAAAAGAAAAACGACAAUAGAUAUAUCUUUGUUGCAUUUUUAAUCUAGGUGAGAUUAGGUUAGACAAAUAUUUUUUUUAUUUUAACUGUAGUUUUAUUAAUAAUUAAGAAAUCCGGAAAAUACAUUGAAAGAACAGAAAAAUGUAUAAAAAUAAUUUUUUCAUUAUUUUAAAUUCUAAGUGUAGCGAAGGAUGUAUUAGUUUUACUAAGGUGUUUAUUAUUAUUAUUUUUUAUUAUUUUUUUUACUUUGUACAAAAAUUCUACCAGAAAUCUUGCUCCGAUAUAUACACGUGGUAUCAUUUCUGAAAGGGUAUGUUGUCUACAUGGUACUUUUGGAAGGUCAUUUUUUUGAUUUUCCAUGCGGUUUUCAUAAUAUCUGGGAAAAACCAUGAUAAAACUUAAGAAAAAAACGGGAAGUUUACGAAAAUAAUGCUUUAAUCAUUUUUAAAUUUUGUUAAUUGUAAUUCAGUAAAAUAUAUUCGUAGACUUAAAAUUUGGACAGAAUUUGUCUUUUUUAGACGUGGUAAAAUUUUCAAUAAAUUUGAGCUAUUUAUAGAUUUAUAGCUAUUUAUUUUAAUUUUGCGAGUUUUGUACGUAAUUUUUAUUCGGUAGGUACUCUGUGGUAAAAUUGUUAGACUUAAUAGAAAUGCUUAAAAAUUUAACAGGAGGUUCAUAAAGCCUUAUUUUGUGGUCAAAAAAAACAAAUUUUUUUAAUGUAGUAUUUUUUUUAUAAGGGAAAUUUAAUAUCAAAUUUUGACGAAAAUCGUUUGAAUAAAAAAUUAUAUAGAACAAAUCUAAUUUAUCAAUUUUUUUUUUUUUUUGGACAUAUAUGUAUAAUACCGAUUUGAGAACAAUGGUGAAAUCAGAAUUCAGCGGACUAAGUUUCGAAAUCAUAGCCAUUUGAAGUUCUGAUAUUAUAUGUUAUAUUAAACAAUUAUAUAAGUUAUAAGUUAUUAUAUAGUUAUAUUAUAACUCUAUAUUGUCUCUCUAAAAGAAUAUUUGUUGUUAUUUAAUGACUAAUGGUUCUAGAUGCCUAUUAUCAUUUUAGGGGCCCGAGUUCAAACCCAGGUUUCAAACAAAAUUGAUUGCAUUUUUUUUCCUUUAACCUAAAAAAGGAAAUAAAUGGAAAAAAUCGUGAAAAAACUGAUAAAAAAGGGAAAAAUGUACAAAAAAUAUUAGUAAAAUAUUACGAUUUUUUUCUUCUUUAGACAACUUUCUAUCAGCAAUAUUACUACGAUUUACAAUGAUAGCAUUUUUUCUAAAAGGAAAUCUGACUGAAGAGGUACUUUAUAGAGGUAAUUUUUCGAUUUUCUCAAGAGUAUUCUCAACAAAUGUGAAAAACCAAGAUAAAAUGGGAAAGACGAAGGAAAAACUUAUUAACUAUAUAAUUUAUAACUUAUUUUAAACAAGUUAAUAAUUUUCAUUCAAUUGUUCUGUAGGUAUAUUAAUUUUAUAUGUACUUAAAUAAAUAAAUAUAUAUACUUAAAUAAAUAUAUAUAUAUAUAUAAGUAUAAAUAUAAAUGUAUAUUUAACACACAAUGUAUAUUAAACAUGCUUGUAAAAUAUAUAUUAUCAAAUAAUAAUAUAAUUCUAUAGUUUCGACUUACUCGUUAAAUCUCUGCUCACUGCUGCGUUCACAACGGCUUGUUGCAGCUUUGCUAAAGUACGAUUUUUUACUUUAAGUAGCUGGUACUUAUCGUAUAUUGUCUUUUAUAAAAUAUUACAUGUUAUUAUCGUUGUCAUUAUUAUAACGCUUUAGUGCCCAAAUAAUUUCGUAUAAUUUAACGUUUAAUGCCAACGUCGCCUAUAAUAUGAACAUUAUAUUCUAUUAUCUUUCGGGGGCGAGUACAGGACGCAUUAUGGAAUUAUAUGAUUACACACGAGAAUAUUAUAAUAAUAAUAUAAUUUAUGAAACGAAUAGAUUUUAACAUAAUACUUAUUUGUCGCUGAGUACGAGAACUCGGAAUAAUAAUUUUAUAUAAAGGGUCUGUUAAACGGAGAGAGGGAAUGUUAUAAGGGGGAUAAAUAUCCCAUUAUGAACUUUUUCCAUUAAAUAUAAUUUAAUAUUUAACAAUGCGUAUUAUAUGAACAGAUUAUAAAUAAUUUAAAUUGUGAUAACUACUUAAAAAAAAUAUAUAAAAAUAAGCGCACUUCAAUGACUCAUGGUCAUUUGAUAGCUGGUAGAUGAACUAGUUAAUCCGUUCAAAGUCCAAAAUGCAUAAUAUUAGAAACGUGAAUUAUGUUCGUAUUUUAUUUAAAUAGACUUUUAUUGAAUUGAGUCCAGAAAUUUAAAUGGAUUCUUCAUUUCAAUUUAUUAGUGUACCGUUCUUGGAUAUAUUUAUCGAAACAUUUAGUAAUUCACAUUUUAUUUGUUUUAUUUUCGUUAAUUCUAUGUUAGGUAUCUUAUUGGUAAUUAGGGGAAACGAUAACUAAUAGUUACUACUUUGUUCAGAAACGUUUUCACUAACAAUGAUUUAUCGUUAUUCAUUACACAUAUAAACUUGUAUACAAAGUAAAUUAUUUUGUUACCCUAAUAUCCUAUCUUCUUAACUAACCACCUACAUCUGCAGUAGCCUAUCCGCGAGCAGUAUCAACUUAUUAUUAUAAAAUAUCGGCAAUGAAAAUUGGGGAUCAUUUGCAUUAAUAAAUUACAGCUGACUAACACGGUAAAAAUUGGAAAUUCAACUAUUGUAGUUAAUUAUUUCUCUAGCUAACAGCAAAAAUAAUGAAUUGUAUUAGUUAUGUGAAUCAAUUAAUACCUACUAAUAAUUAUAGGUAUAAUAAAAAAGGCUAUGCUAGAUUGUACAUGUUAUAAUAUUUUAUAUUGUUUUAUGGCAAUGGUAUAAGGUAUCAGAUAUCUAAUUUUCUUACACAAUUCAAAUAAUAACAUUUAUUAAAUGCGCAUAUUAAAUAACACCAUAAUACAUUAAAUAAAGUUGAAUGUUAAUUUCACUCAAAAGUACAGUCAUUUAGAAGCACAGAUGUUCUUUUUUUAAACAGUAAUAAAUAUUUCCCAUAUUAUAGUUUACUAUACUGUCGAUUUUUUUGACAUUGACUGAUACAUUAUUAUAUCCGCUUUUUUUAAAUUGUUUUUUUUUUAUUAUUUCAUUGAAACUCCAUUAUCGUUUAAAAUGGGAUUUAUUCGUUAUAUCCGGCGUGACAGGUUAUGGCCGGAUAUUAAACACUCGAAAAACCGCCGAGACUUUGAGGGACGUCUUUAAUUUAUUAAUUUGUUUUUUUCUUAUUGUUGUCAGCAAAUGGAUUUAUCACGUCAACCUGAAAUAAUGUGAAGGGUGGUGACCGUCAGCUUUUUAAAAAUAAUAGACGGACAUAAUAUUUUAUCAAUUUGCGAAUAAUUAAAUUCAAAUAUAAUAGUCUUCGAAUUAAGCAAUACUUAAGUUUUUUUUCAAGAUUAAAAUGUGAUAACUAUUUUUACCAAUCACCGUUACUCGUAUAAUAAUUAAUAUUAACAGAUAACUCAUAAUAUAGAUACCGGGAGCUACUACUAUUCUACACAGUGAUGUUUUAUGAUGAAUAACCAGUGAUUAUAUCUACGAAAUUUGAUUCUGGUUAGUUUCAUAGUAUCACUAGAAUAUUUGAUAAAUCGGUUAUGGAUAAAAGUAUUAACAGUAUUGUCAAAAUGUCUAGAAAAGAAUUUCUUUUCGAAUCUGAGCUCAAAAGCAUGGGUUAUUAUUACUGUUUGAAAAUCAAAAUUCAAAAAAAAUUUUGGAGACAUAAAAUUGUUAUUUACACCAUUAUGAAUUUUUUUACCACUAUAUUAUAGAAACCUGCCAAUUUGAGGAGUGUGAAAUAUGUUCACAAUACUAAUAAAUUUGUAAUAAGCAGAAAACUAUUCGAAAACGAUCGAACGGAGUUUUGUAACAAUAAAAACGUGAGUACCUAUAUAUAUACAUAUUUUAUUAUUAUUAUUCGAUUGUAUCAUUUAUUAUUUACCUUUAUUUUUAUUGAUUAUUUAUUCCGUAAAAAAACUAUAUUAUAUAAAAAUAUUUUUAAAUGUAAUACGUGUUAUUAUUAUUGAUGAAGUUUGCACAGAAUUAUGAUUGUUAAGAAGAUGUGAUACCCUCACAUGUUGUUUACAAAUGUACGACAGCAAAGUUUGGUUCAGCAGGAACAACUUUGUGCUGAUAUUUUCAAUAAUAGAGUGAAUUGGCCUAUUAUUAAAAAUAAAGAUACCUAAGUGUGUGUAUUGUGUUCAUACACAAGUAUUAGUAUGAGUAUUUAGUAUUAUUAUUAUUUAAUAAUACAAUUAUUCGAUUCGUUUGCAUAGGAAUUGGACAGCACAGAGGCAUCAAAGUUGAGUAUUGUCCACGAACUGUUGGACAUAAAUAACGACGGUGUUGUAUCCAUCGACGAUUUGAAGGAACUCACCAAAAGAUUUUCCGAAAACAAUAACAUGACGGAAGAGGAAACUGUAAUGUUCAGUAAAGUCAUGGAAGUACGAGACUAUUAUAACGUCAAAAUCAAAUUAUAUUUUAUAUUUAUGAUGAAUUUAAAAAUGUUUUAAAUGUGAUUUACGUCAUUUACCUGACUUACUUAUUGUGUUGUUACAGAACUUAUGGCAGAAACAUUGGGGAUGUAUUGAUCCGUUUGAUUAUGUUACUGUAGAGAAAUACUUAAGAUAUAUUCAGUACGUGAAAAAAAACGAGAGUCUACAGGAUGAAGCCGUUCAACUUUUGCCUUAUCUGUUCAAGGUAAAUAGUUACAAUAUAUUUUUAAUAACAUAAUGAACAUUUUUUGUCGUAAAAACUGAAGAGAUUUUUAAGUAGAUCUACCCAAAAGAUACAAAUGAUAAGAAGCAAAUAUAUUAUUACCAUGUGUGCACAUUAGGUUGUCUUAAUGCCAUCACUUCUGACAGUUCAUUAUUUAACUCACGACUUGUAUACGCCAAACAAUAUUUAUAUUAUAAUACUCGUAUGAUAUGGAUGCUAUUUUUCCACCCAACGAUUUUCUAAUAUACGAGAGGAGUUAUUUUUAUGCCACGAGAUAUUUAUAAAAUAUCGAUUAGUGUGGGACUAUUUUGCUCAUGCAGCUCUUUGUAAUAUUAAUUAGAAUAUUUAUUUAAGGAAAUUCUAUUAUCUAGGUAAUAAAUUAAUUUUUAACGUUUUCGCCGGUUAUUUGCAUACAUGAGUACUCAAACUAAUAAUUACUAAUUAGGUACUAAAAUUAAAAUUUUAUAUUAUAACUUAAGGUAUGCAAAUUUCGAAUUCAUACUUGUAUAAUCAUUAAGACUAAAAAUACACAUGUUCAUAACAAAAUAUUUUGAACUCUGACUAUAAUAUACUCUAACAGCACUGACGGUAGAAGGAACCGACUGUUUAGGUCUCAAUUGAUGCCUACUCAGUCUUCUGUCAAAAAUAAUUUUAACUUUCCUGGAAAUUUCUUAUUUUGAUCCUUGAAUCAAUUUAAUCAAUCUCCUUUAUACUUCCUUACUUUCAGACUCAAAUACGGGUAAGUGUAAACUAUUAAGACAUUCGCGAUCACUAAAACUUUGUCCAUUAUUCGUAGGUGUCUGCUAGUACCACAGUUAUAAAAUAAUUUCAGGCAGAGAUUUUUCGAGGCAAUUUACUCCAGGAAAAUUUGAGUAGGUGAAUGAAUAGGUGUGUAGAUGAGUUUCUUGUUUGUAAAAACAAGACAUAGUAAUUUCAUGGAAUUGUGUACUGUUAGAUUUUUAUGUAGGAGUGGGAGAAUAUUAAAAAAUCUUGCCUCAUAUAGCCAAAGGGUUUAGCACGCCACUGUGUGAAAUCAAAUCGAAUAAUUUUACCAAUAUAUUGAAGUGCAUAUUAUAAUUAUAAUUACUAUUUCUUAAUAUAUAAUAAUGCAUUAUUGUGGAAAUUAGGCAAUGUUACUAUACCCAUCUCGAAUUUAUCUUAACGAAUAUUUUUCUACUCGCAGGCCGCCGACAAGGAUAACAGUGGUGAACUCACCAAAGAAGAGUACGAUACGUUUGUAAAAUGCAUCGGCACGUCAAAGAAGGUAAAAAGUAAUUUAUUUGUUCAGAUUAAUGUUUAAAAAAUAAUUCAGUAUUCAACACGUAAUAGUUUAUUAGACAAAGUGAACUAUGCAAUUAUGUGGGGGAUGGUAAACUCCUACAGAAGUUGGUAAUCUCCUAUAUUGACAUAGUGUUAACUUCAAUAAAAGAUAGAUUUUUUUAAACAAGUAAAAUUAGUAAAUAGUCAGGAAUAAUACAGUUAUCCAAUUUGUUCUGCUAUUACUGGUAUGGAUGCUAUAAGCAUUUAAUAAGCUUUUUAUCUCUGAGUGACGGAAAAAAGGGGAAGAUAUUGUUGUAUUUCCAUACACGGAAAUAACGUAGGUAUCCAAAUAGCGUUAUCGGAAUGUUCGAGAAUUUCUGAUACAAUUAUAUUAAUAUAUUUACUAAAUUUUAUUUUUGUUAUUAUUUUAAAAUAACGAUUUUAUUAUAUUAUCUCCAAAAUAAUGAAAACUUACAGUAUAAUAUACAAAUUAAAAGUACUUACCGAAGUAUGUAAGAAGUGUUGUAAUAUGAAAUAAGUCAUUACUUAACCCAAACUUAAAAAUGUAAAAAGAUCUGUGUAGGAGAUUAUACCAUCUAUUUUAGGUAAGUAAAAAGGUCAUUUUUGUAGGAGUUUGCAUGUAGCCAAUUAUGUAUAGGUAACUAGGUAUAACUUCUUAUAACUUUAUAGGUUAAGUGAGUAAUAUUAUAAAUAAAAAAUUCUCAAAAAACAGACAAUCAUUUACCAUAACCACUUUCCUUAUUGAUACUGGAUAUUUAUGAAAAUAUUAAAUGUAAAUAUUAAGUUUAUUUAUUAAAACUAAACAAGUCGAGUUUAAAUUAGUUAAUGUUAAAAAUAAUUCGUCAGUUAAGUUAAAGAGUUAGUCGGUACACUGCGGUGAGUUGGUUAGCGGAGAGACGAUUAUGGCGAGGUGUUCUAGAUCCUAAUGAUGUGGAGAAUCAAAUGAAAGUUUAAAACGAGGGUGACUGACUCAAAAUAGUUGAGAUGAAGGUAAAGGAGAAGAAGAAUGUAUUUGUAACCAUAUCAAACUUGUUAUCUGAAUUUCAAAAUGAUUAAAAUUUAUUAUUAUAAACUUCUCAAUACAUUAAUUAUGAUUAGGGCUUGAAACUUCAUGCUCUGAAAAACCUUAAAAAUGCACGCACCUGUGUAUUACAAAUUUAUCAAAUAAGCUCUACAAAUAUGCAAAAAUAUUUUAAUGUGGACUUAAAAAUAUUUCAUUUUCUCAAUAAAAAACCAAACAAAUUAAAAAUUAAAUUGAAAAUGUAUUUCUUUUUCCAUACAAUCCUUCUUCCUUUUUAAAUUUGCCUUUAAACACAAGAAAAAACAACAAUAAAUUUCAAUCGUAAAUAUAAAUUGUAUUUUUUAUUUUAAUAAUUAUAAAACUAUUACCCAAAUGAAAAUGUAUUGUUACUAGUGUUUUAAUAAUAUUUUUCGAUUGUUUUCAAACUAACAUCUGAUUAUAUUCCGUAUCGACCGAGAUUAUAUGUAUGUUAGAAUGUUACAUUAAUAUAAAUAAUUGGGGAAAACACACGAUAAAUACGUAUUUUAUGAUUUGUAAAAAUAUUAAAUAAUAUUUAAUCAGUUAUCCAUAUUUUUUUUUUGAUUAAAAAAAAAAACGUUUAAAAUAUUGUAUAAUAUGUGAAAAAUAAACUUAAAAUACAAAUAUAACGAUGUAUUAUAUAGAAAAAGAGUUAAAAAUGCAAAAUAAAACAAAUUUAACUUUAAAUUUAAACUUUAAGAAUUUAUGAAACUAAUGUCUAUAAAACUUAGUUAUUGAAUGAUUAUUGAAAAACAUGCAGACUACUACAUCAAUUGUGGCGUUCAAUUUAAAUGUACCCACCUAGUUUAAAGUAGAGACUAUUUUCUAAGGCUGUAUGAUCAAGUCCCAUUGGCCAUUUGUUUAAAAUUUGUUAAUAAUUAUGACUGCAUAGCAACUUAGUUUCAUAGUGCACCCAGUUUCCUAAAUAAUUGUAAAUGCACAUUAAGAGUGUAUUGUUCAUAGCAAUCAACUUUUAUCAGAUGAGUGCAGGUAUGUUAUUAUUGUUAUUAUGAUCUUCAAUCAUUUAGAAUCAUUUAUAAUUCUAAUAAUGCAGUGGGUAGUUUCAAUGUUAACAACAAAAUGAAAUUUGGGAUAGAACGUUAAAUUUCUAUAAACUUUAUAUUAUGUAAAAAUGUUUUCGCCAUAAAGAUUUGCAGCAUUUGGAAUUAGCAAUAGCCAUUUUAAACAUUUUAAUGACCGUUAUAAUUUAUAACUCGUUAUGUAUGCAUACAAAUAGUUAAUCAAUAAUAAUGGUAAAAUAAAUAAUUUCCAGUAGGUAUCUAUUUAGUUGUAAUAAAAAUGUAUUAUGAUAUAUAGCUAUAUGAAGAUAUACAUUUUAGAAGAUAAGGAUGACAAAUUUAUGGCCUCUCUCCCAUGAAUACUUAUUUUUGUGUGAUAAAGCACACACUUUGUUUAUGUAAUUUUACACUAUACUUACAAUUCAUUACAAUAACGCUAAACUUAUAAAAUAAAAUUGAAUAUAAUUAGAAAAAAUGUUUUGCUAAAAAAGUUCUAAAUGAUUUAUUUUAUAAAAUAUGUAAAAAGCGUAUCUAUCUGUUCAAAGAAUUUUAUCAAGCUUUCAGCUCAGCAAACCUUUUCGUAAGUUUUUUUGUGCUCAUUUUUUCUGAUUCAUUGGCUUCGAUUGCUAAAAUUGGUAAAUCACCGAAACAUUCUUGUUCUUGGAUGCUUCUUAAAUAAUUUUUUAUUAUUUUCAACUUUGAGUAUGAUCGUUCAGCGUUUUUUGAACUUGAUAAUUUUUGAAUUCUAAAUGGAGCGAAGAAGCGUAUGGUUUUACAAAGAUGUUUAUUUUUUUUUCUGCGGACAACUUUUCUAUCAGCAAUUUUGAUCCAACUUAUAAUGAUAGCAAUUUUUCUAAAAGGAAAUUUGACUGGAGAGGUACUUUAGAAAGGUUAUUUUUCAAUUCUCUCAAUAAAUAUGAAAAACCGGAAGAAAAAAACGGAAGAAAAACGGGAUUCAUUUUAAUUUUGGAACUUGAGUAAUUGGAAUUUUAUCGUAAAAUCACAUCUAUAUUGUUGACAAAGCAGCACUAUCAACUGAACUUCAUUCAGAAUCGUUUUUUCGUUAGCAAUGGUUUAUCGUUGCUUACAGGUGGAUAUUAAAUUACUUAUAACAGAGGUUGCACUCGACUCCAUUAUUCUAGGACGUUGUUUAUAUAUGUAUGCAUUAUUUAUUUGUUUAACAGAAUGAACUAAUCAAAUCGUUGGGAAUUGUCAAUGACUUGGACAGAACAAUAAAACUGGACAAUCUAAUGAAUGUUAUUCAAAAAUAUUUAUUUCACAAUAGAGACGAAAACAACAAAACACGAUAA